AUGCGAGUUUUAUAUGCAGAGGGGGCCUGGUCCUGUGUUCGCCCAUGAACGAUGGAAGCGCGCUCCCGACACUUCAGGUGAAUGAGAGGGAAGCAGAGGAGCGGGAUACGGUUCACUGUGCGUCGCAUUAAAAAAAAAGGAACAAUUAAAGGAAAAUGAGCUGUGCAACGUCGCUUGGGGCGCAUGUUUUUAUGACAACAUACCUACUCUUCAUCAUGGGAUGCGUAGCACAGAAAGUAUACUUCGACUGUGGUGCCAAGGUGGAUGUGGUGGAUGUCCAAGGCCUCAUUCUGUCCCCUGGCUUCCCCUACAACUACUCCUCUGGGACACACUGUGUUUGGCAGUUCUUUGUGCCUGUUGACUAUCAGCUAAUUCUGGAGAUAUUUGACUUUGACGUGUUUGAAAACCAUGACCCAGCAGCACAGUACUCCGCCUUCUCUAACUUUGAUGAGGAAGAGGCAGAUGAAGAGGUGACUUUCACACCUGGCAGCCUAGAGUCAGAUGACACAUCAUCAGAAGUUAAAGCUCCCAUGAUUCUAAGUGUAGGGGACGCCACAAAGACUCAGCAGUCCUCCGAAGAUGGCGACGUCAAGCAAGUAGUGGUUCAGGAACAGUCCACAAAGAUGGAGAUUGCUAAAAUCUCAAAUUCUGCAAAAAGAUCUGCAGAUGUCUCGUCCAGCUUGUCCUCGCCACUUCCUCCCUCUCUUCACCUCCUACCUGGGGCUGUGCCUGCAGGAGAUAAGGCUGUCAAUUCUGCUUCUUUAUCUCACCUCAUGGGAGACCUAAGCCCCAGUUCUGACCCAAACCCAGUUGUAGAGGAGACCACCCUUGCCCCUCCACCCUCCACUGAAACUCCAGCUGUAAGCCCCGAAACCCAACACUCCAUUCUUGACGCCUGCCCCCACGAUGUCCUCUACAUCUCAGACCUCAUCACCUUCUCCUCCAGGUUCUGUGGCUCCAACCGGCCUCCAAGCAGCCAGCUGGUUUUUGGCUCAAGCCAGGAGAUGGUUGAGGUGAUCAUGGAGCUUAUCACGACCACACACUGGGGCCGUGGCUUCGCUCUUCUCUUCCACUACCACAACCUGACAGAGCCAGGGGGGGACCAUCGUGCCACGGCUCUCGCAGCCACUAAAGUAGACACUCUGCUGGCUGCUGUGAGUGGAGCUGCCUUCUUCGCUAUGAUACUAACAAGUGCCCUCUGCAUCAUUUUCAGACCCAAACUGUGUCCAAAGAGAGCGAGCUCCUGUGCAUCCAGCAACUCUGAGGUGCCAGAGGGGGUCCAGAUCACAGGGGCUGAGGUCAGCGAGCUGCAGCUGAUGGCUGAAAAUCAGGCCAACUUGGAGGCAACAACAGAGCAGGACAACAACAAUGACAGCCCACCACACACAGUCAGUGCUGGCGGUGACAUUUGCCCAAAUGAAGAGGUGGACCUUUCCUGCAGCGGUCUGACUGAACUGGACCUCGGUGCAGACGAGGUUUUCAUUGUAUCUUCAGCUCCAAGCCCAAGCAGGCUACCCUUUUCACCUCACACACAGCGGGAGAGGUUUCUGCGGCACAGUGAUACUGGUCCCAGCCCUGCAGGUGACUGGCCCUCACCAGACUCCACAACUGCACCAAAUGGUUCCAGGCAUGCAAAGGACGGCAGACCAAGAGCUUGGAGUGUACGCACCUUCCAGGACUUCCUCCCUCCAUUGCCACAGCUGCAUAAGAAGUGGUGCAGCUGGAACUCCACCAGCCCCUUCACCAAACUGGUGGACAGCACUCCAUCCAGUUUGGUAUCCGACGGCAGGGAGGGCAACAACAGGAAGGUCUUCUCUGAUGUUCAUUUGGAGGCCAACGCAGACAACAGCAUCAUCUCUGACUCUUCCAUCAGCAACGCCUCCUACCCCCUCACGCAGCCUGCCCAGAGGCAGCGGCGUCUCAACUCCACUAGCAACCUGCGGCGCUCCCGUUUCACAGGGAAUUGUUUCGGCUUGCUCUCUGGGAUGGCUGACCCCACGAAGGCCUCUGCAGUUCCUCAUGCCCCGGGCUCCCCCUCUGAAUCCAGCCCUGGCUCUUCUCCCUUCCCCCAAUGUCAGAAUGAGAGUGGUCCAGCCUUAAAGAGGUUCCCAGGCGAGGCUGAUCACAUCAGCGUGCCGGUAUUUGCCAUCUCUGAGGAGGAGGACCGGCAGCCUCUGGUUUCAGCUGAGCACCUGGAACAGACCUCUGUCUCCACUGUUGCUCUGAAUGGAGGGGUAAGGGGGAUAUAUGAAAGGAAAGCGCCUGCUGAUGGGAGCAGCAGCCUCAGCCCACAGAGCCAGAGAGCCAGACCUGAGUGGAGGCCGUGGGGGAGCCAGGUGUCAGGAGGGGUGGGGCUGCUCCAGUCCAACGAAUCAAACAAAGUCAGUAACAGCGAGCCGUCUCUGGGUCAGUCCACAGUGCUGUGCAGUGUGACCAACCACAUGUGACCACACAGGCUUUAAGUUGGUGAGAAGAGCAGGGACUCUGGUGGGCCAGUUUCUACAUUUCUGAACUCUAUUAGUGCCACUUUGUGAAAUAUAUAACCUUGAAUUUCUUUUCUUUUGAAUUCAAACAUUACAAAAUGAUUACUACACAUACUAUAGCCUCAGCUGCUACUGGCAAAUGUAUUCUUCUCACUUUAGCUGUUUUCUAUUUUUAUAUAUCUGUGUUUGGACAAAGAUGUAAUAAUAUGCUGCUUACAACGCCAAGGCAAUGACUGCUGUGGUAGUACGUGAUUAAAAAGAUGAAAAAUUGCGAAUGUUUAUGAAAAGUAUUAUCGAAACAGUUAUCCAUAACCCCAACUCGUAGGAGCACUUUUCUUUAUCCUGUAACCAGAUCCAUUAACCAGUUCCAUGCUGUUCAGAGUUAUAAUACUCCAACCAUUGCACUUUGCUUUCAAUAGCUCAUUCAUUGUGGAUUUUGUGCUGCUUGUGCCAGAUUCCUGUUUUUUCUAAUGUUUAUUUCUUAGUGUUGGAUAAUGAAUGCUUAUACAAUGACUUACUACCCAAAAGUGUUCUGCGGAGAGUAGACUGUACAUUAAUACUGCAACAAUAUAUGGACGCAGUUUGUACACCUAAGGCUCAUUCUGGAUUAUAAAAGGGAAAUCAAAAUAAAACAUAUAGAGUACUACUUUACACUAUUAUGUAGUAUACAGAGAGAGCUAGUAAUCACAAUGGUAUUUAAAAUGGGUUAUGAAUUUAUGUAAAGUUUUAAUAAAGGCUAUGUCAAUCACG